CUUCCCUUAACUUUAGCAGGUGAUGAACACGACAGUCGUUGUUCUUGGGUCUCAUCAGAAAGAACCAAGAAUGAAGUCAAAGGAAGGACCUUUCAAGAUCAAGAGGAAACAAGACCACAAGAGAAAAACCAAGAAGAAAACGGGAGGUAUGAAGGCCUUCUAAUGCAGACUGAUAACGACCAUCAAAUCCCAGUCCAGAAAAAACAUCAGAAGGGGAAGAAAACAAAUGGGAGACCUUUAUGUGGCAAAACAUUCCAAAGUAAGUCUAGGUUCAAUUCACACUGCAGAAUCCACACAGAGGAGAAACCGUGUGAAUGCUUGGUGUGUGGAAAGAACUUCAGUGACAGCUCAGGCCUAAAAUCACAUGAAAGAAUUCACGCAGGACAGGAAUCAUACCAAUGCCUAGAAUGUGGAAAGGGUUUCAAUCGCCACUCAUACCUUAAAAGACAUUACAAAGUCCACACUGAGGAGAAACCAUAUACCUGUUUAGAGUGUGGAAAGGCCUUCACUAGCAGAUCAAGCCUUGUAUAUCAUAAAAAAAUCCACACAGGGGAGAAACCAUAUACCUGUUUUGAGUGUGGAAAGGCCUUCACUAGCAGCUCAGGCCUUGCAAUGCAUCAAAAAAUCCACACAGGGGAGAAGCCAUAUAAAUGUUUGGAGUGCGGAAUGAGCUUCGCUCAUGGCUCAAGUCUUACAUUGCAUCAAAGAAUUCACACUGGGGAGAAAUCUUAUAAAUGUUUGGAGUGCGGAAGGAGCUUUGCUCACAGUGUUAGCCUUACUACACAUAAGAGAACCCACACAGGGGAGAAACCAUAUAAAUGCUUGGAAUGUGGAAAGUGCUUCAGCCAGAGUUCACACCUUAGUUCACAUAAGAGAACUCACACUGGUGAGAAGCCGUAUAAAUGCUUUGAGUGUGGGAAGAGCUUCAGUCAUAGUUCACAUCUUACUGUGCAUGAGCGAAUCCAUACAGGGGAAAAACCAUAUAAAUGUGUGACAUGUGGAAAGAGCUUUAGUAACUCCACAUCACUUGUUAUCCACCGCAGAAUCCAUUCAGAAGAGAAGCCAUAUAAGUGCUUUGAGUGUGGAAAGAGCUUCCGGCAUGGUACAGGCCUUCAUAAACAUCAAAAAUUCACAGAGGUGAAAAACCGUAUGCAUGUUUUGAGUGUGGAAAGAGCUUCACUCACAGAUCACAGCUUAAAUGUCAUCAAAGAAUUCACACAGGGGUGAAACCAUAUACCUGUUUUGAGUGUGGAAAGAACUUCACUGAAAGCUCAAGCCUUAGAUCUCAUCACAAAGUUCACACAGGGGAGAAACGAUAUAAAUGUUUGGACUGUGGAAAGAGAUUUGCACAUGGAUCUGGCCUUACUUCUCAUAAAAGAAUUCACACAGGGGAGAAACCAUAUAUAUGUUUGGAGUGUGGAAAGAGAUUUGCACAGGGAUCUGCCCUUACUUCUCAUAAAAGAACUCACACAGGGGAGAAACCAUAUAAAUGUUUGGAGUGUGGAAAGAGAUUUGCACAUGGAUCUACGCUUACUUCUCAUAAAAGAACUCACAUGGGAUAAACCAUAUAUAUACUUGGAAUGUGGGAAAAGAUUUGGUCAGAUUUCGCAUCUCAUUUUGCAUAAGUGAAUCAAGAUGGGGAAAAUAUUUCGAUUCUUGUAAUGAGGAAAGCACUUUAAA